AUGACUAACGAUGCAACUUACAUGAUGUUUCGGAAAGAUGUGCAAGGAUAUCGAGACUCCGACGACCUACUAUCAUAUCGAUUUUUCCCAGCACCACGGAAAAUACAGUUCUCUGAGGAAGAUUUCAACCGAUUGCAGAAGAUAUUGCCUAAAGCACAUAUGAAAGCUCUUCAUUCGUUUGCGAUAACAGGCAACUUCACAUUCGAUUGCUUCUCAUGGAUGUUCGAGGACCCAGACUUAGUUCACAUACUGGAUGAAGAAUAUCGAAUGUACGACUACCAUGUGCGAAGAAUCAAUGGACGAUCGAAUUUGGGGUGGGGCAGGAUCAUGAACCAUUCCUUGUUCCAAGGAUUGAUUCGAGGGGACUUGGAAUACUACUUGUUCUACCUAAUGAUUCGACGACAACCGACCUUGAUUUCCUACCCAUACUACACUAAGUCAGCCAAUGCACAGAAUCCCCAAGGCAAAUUUCGACACAUCGAUCUGAAUAUCAAACGUGCAGUGCACCAUGGGCAUGGGAUUGAAAUGGUUCAGGGAAGUGUCAGUUGGGAUGACGAGGAUGACGGCAACUGCACGGAAAUAAUCCCCGGAUUCCACACGGUGCCAAGGUUGCUGAUCCAGGCAAGAGAAGGCGCACAAUGCUGCCAUGGUUUGUUCGUGUGGCAGACAAUGGAAAGGAUAUGGAAGUGA